AUGCCUCAAAUGAUAGAGGACAAUCUUUGUGGUACGGUGUUACUACUUCAAGACGAAAAAGACAAAGGAAGGGAAAUCUGGACAUCAGUCUAUUUAUCACUAUGUAAGGAGUUAGCACUGUUGGAACUUCACAAUGAGAAGCCUAAGAAAAAUGCGGAGCCUGCAGAACACUUAGAUCUACGAUAUGUAACCCAAAUUUCUCAAAAAGAUACUAAGAAGAAACAUGAAUUUUGUUUCGAAAUUAUGACAAUCAAAAAGCCCAAUUACUAUUUAUUUAAAGUACCUACAGCUGAGGAACGUCAGGAAUGGGUCAGUGCUAUCACUACAGCGACAAAUAAUCCAAAUUCUUGGAAAAAGAGAUUACCGACCAAUGUUGCUAAACCUACCCAAGGCAAGCUGAAGAUUGCUAGUGAACUAGCAGAACAAAACUGCCUAGAUAGCGGAAAAAUGGGUGUCAGGAAUGACAUAGUCGGUGGUUUAGUGCUUAAAACACCAAUAAAGCUAGGAGAUGAUGUAGUACAAAGCGACAGUGAUAGUGAAGGUUUAAGUGAAAGGUUAAAACGAGUCGUUAGGGCUAGACAGGAAGCAACCGUUGCAUUUAAAGAGACACAGUACCUUCGAGACAACAGGAAUGUCGUUCGUACUGGAAUUUGUCAUAAGCAAGGAGAUAAAAUUAAAAAUUGGAAGAAAAGGUUUUUCAUCCUUGAUGCGGUCAAGUUGAGAUAUUUCAGACAUGAGACGGAUCCUGAAGCCCUUAAGACCAUAUACAUGUGGGAGGUGACAGCCGUUUCCAAAAGUGAUCCAAUUCAUAAUAGGGAACAUCUUUUCAAAUUGGAGACCAAUAAUAGGACGUUUUAUAUUCAGCCCGAAAACGAUAAAGAUAGAGAUGAAUGGAUUGAAGCGAUUAAGAGCGUGAUGUUUAGAAGAGAUCUGAGAAGAAGGAGUAGUUCUUUGGACCAAAUGACGGCAUCGAGUUUACGCUCAAUUUAUAGCGGUAAAUCUCGUCGUCAAUCUCCUGCUAAUAAUGGCGAUACUGGAUCAAAACAAUAG